AUGGUGGGCGGAACAGACGAAAAGCACAACUCGCCCAUCAUCCAGUUUUUCCUCCCGCUUUCCCAGCCUAGCAUCGCCAUCGCCGACUACCGUGAGUCCCGGGACCUGCUUCUUCGGCGCGGCAAGGAGCUCAUCCGUGGUAAACUCAACACCGAUACCUGGACUGGCCUGAUCCCCAAUCACUUCAUCGCCAUGGAAGACAGCCACCCGCGGUAUAAGGGAGCUAGAUCAUUAGUAAAGGAUCUGAUGGCCCCGACCUUUUUGCAUACCGUAUCCGCCCCGUCAUCCCAUCUAACUUUUGAUAUCAUGGCGGCCUCGGCCCUCGGUGUCGACCCUAAAGAGAGCGCAACGGUAAAGCAUAUUAGGAAGCUCCAGGCGACAGGACUUCCCAGGGCUUCUGGCCCAGCGCCGGUUAAAUUUCCCGCAUGGGAUACUCCCGAGCUCCUUUCUGCCAUCUUUGUGAUUGAGGAUGCGGCCGGCAAAGCCAUCAGUUCUCCGAACGCGACCUUGUUCCACUGGUAUAACAAGCUGUUCAACUCAGAGAUACGACACGCAGCCAAGGUCAAAGAUGCCACCUUGUUGGCCGCCAUCAACGACUCCAGCCGGCGGCUCGCCGAAAACCCGACGACCUUCAAGCCCCGCUCCGCGGUCGAUUACAUGGUCCAGCGCGAACUCCAAGCUGCCCAGAAAGCCGGGACCAAACCCUCUUUCGCCUCUGGCGAGAUGUCUGACGGCCUCAUCGGCUACUUGAUCGGAGGACAGGAUUCGACGCACAGCACCUUGUGUUUCGCGGCGAAGCGGCUAAGCCAGUACCAAGACGUGCAGCGGAAGUUGCGCGAGGCUCUGCACAAAGCCUAUCCCGACGCCUACGAGAACGGCCGACUGCCCACGGCGGACGAAAUCACCAAGACGCAGGUCCCUUACGUCGACGCUUUCAUCCAAGAGGUCCUCCGCGCGGACCCUCCAUCUCCGGCGGCGGCCAGGGAAGCCGCGUGCGACAUGCAGAUCCUCGGCCACUUCAUUCCCAAGGGCACCGUGAUCGUGUUGCCGUUGGAUGGGCCAACUAUACAGACCAAGGGAUGGGAUAUUGCCGGGGAGCUGCGGAGCGAGAGCUCGGCGAAGCACCAGGACCUCGGCGACUGGGCGCACAGCGAGCAUCCGGGUGAAGAGUUCCUGCCGGAACGGUGGUUGAAGACUACGGAGGGCGGGAACGAGGUGUACGAUAACUCGGGACCCUUUAUGUCUUUUAGCAGCGGUACGAGGGGUUGCUGGGGCCAGAGGCUCGCGUAUCUCGAGCUUAGGCUCAUUACGACGCUGCUGGUGUGGAACUUCCAGUUUGACCCGAUCCCGGCCGAGAUGCAGGACUGGGACAUUUAUGAGGAGAUUUUUGCGAAACCCACAAAUACGUUUGUGCAACUCAAGGGGGAAGGAUGGCUCGCCCAGCCGUACAACCCCGGGAUGAAGGGCAAGCUGCGCAAGGUGAUGAUGGAGUUACGAUGCAAAGGAACCAGCUAUCGACCCGACUUCAUCAUGGAACCCGCCAUCUGGGACAGCGCGCUAGGGAACCUCUCCGACCUAAAAAUCAUAGCACAGCAGCCACAUCGCUACGCGCAGCCUGGCAUCGUCCGCCAGAACUGGGAGCAGUUGAUUACCGAGUGGGCGGCGUGGUUAAGGCGGAUGCUGCGCUACAUGAAUCGAGCGCUACCGCCGGAACUCAAGGUCAUUGUGGAUGCGAACGGGGAGCAGGAGACGCACUGGGUGUUCCAUAUGGAGAUGCCGGGACGUUGUGUCUUUCAAAAGCUGCCAUGGGGCGAUUUUAUAUUCGACAGAGAGAACUUUAGAUAUAGAUAG